UACGUAGUUCGUCUCUCUCUCAGUUUGCUUGCCUAGGGGGGUGCUGUGACUGCUGUCCACUACCGCGCGCAUACGCCCGAAAGGUGGUGCAGUCAAGGCGAAUAUUUACUAGUAAAACAUGGAACAACAAAAGCAGAGGGUAGCGGAGAAGGGCGGCUUGAAGGAAGAAUCUCACGGUCUCCUGUCUGCAGGGAGCAAACGGCAUAGCGUGGAAAGAAACUGCUUAUUCUGCUUCAUCUUGGCCGUCGCCGUGUUGGUAUCUGCGAGCGUGGCUCUGGCGCUGGGUCUCGGGAUCGGCUACGGCCUCAGCGAGUCCAUCGGUUCCGAAGAAAGCAGCAGCGGGUCCAGCGGGUCCAGCGGGACCUACGAGCACGCAGCAGUCGCCACAGACGCUCCGCAGUGUUCCGUGGUCGGUGCAGAUAUUCUCCGCCACGGCGGGAGCGCAGUGGAUGCGGCAAUCGCGAGUCUCCUCUGCGUCGGAGUCAUAAACUUCCACUCGACUGGAAUAGGGGGCGGCGGAUUUAUGGUCUUCUACAACGCAACAAGCAAGAUUGCGACGUCUCUGGACUACCGCGAGACGGCUCCCGGCAGGGCCAACUCGUCCUUGUACGCACCAUUUGGUCCCAACGAGACGGAAUCGCUCUACGGUGGCCUUGCAAUUGCGGUUCCAGCGGAGCUGAGGGGACUAGAGCUAGCUCACAGGAAGUUUGGGAAACUGCCCUGGAAGGAUUUGUUUGAGCCUGCAGCACAAAUUGCUGACGAAGGCUUCAUAGUCUCCCCUCCAAUUUCAGCGGCUAUCGCAGCAAUGCAAAACACCAUAAUUGAGGGAAACUACACCGGCUUGAAGCAUCUACUGGCUCCCGAGGGUGUGUGGCUAAAGGAAGGAGACACAAUAUAUCGCAAGAAGUAUGCCCAGACCCUGAGAGACAUUGGGGCCUCUGGUAAUGCCAGCUACUUCUACGAUGGCCAGUUCAUGAAGAGGAUGGUGGAGGAGCUGAAGGAAAACGGGGCCAUUCUGGAAGAGGAGGAUUUUCUGAACUACACAGCCAUAGAGCGAGAACCUGUAGAGAGUGAGUUUGAUGGACUGAGAAUAAUAGGUGUUCCCCCACCGUCCAGUGGUGCAGUUCUGGCUCUCAUUCUCAACAUCCUGCAAGGAUACGACUUCAAGGCAGACGAUUUUGGUUCCCUGGCUUACCAUCGUAUGGUGGAGGCUUUCAAGUUUGGCUUUGGCCAGAGACUAUUGCUCGGAGACCCUGCUUUCAAUGAUACUAUUCAAGGGGUGGUCGACUAUAUGCUGCUGAAUACAACGGCAGACUACAUGCGCUCAAGGAUCCAGGACAACACUACCCACGAUCCAUGCUACUAUCGAGAGCCCAUGGCGGUAUCCAUACCCUCUGACCAUGGAACCUCCCACCUCUCAGUACUGGCCCCGAAUGGUGACGCAGUCGCUGCCACUAGCACUGUCAACAACUACUUUGGCAGCCUGGUUCGCUCAGAGACAAGUGGUGUGAUUUUCAACGAUGAAAUGGACGACUUUGCUAUUCCUACCAGAGAUGAUCCAACCUACCUCUUGCCCACCGUCCCCAACUACGUGGAGCCAGGGAAGAGGCCUCAGUCUUCUACCACACCCACAAUCCUCCUGGAUGGAGAUCGAGUGAAGAUGGUUGUGGGAGCGUCCGGUGGAGCUAAGAUCACCACAGCCGCUGCCCAGGCAAGCCACAGCACACACCAUGUUAUUCUGGACGUACUGGACUUUGGCAAGGGGCUGAGCGAAGCGAUACAAUACCCUCGUCUCCACCAUCAGCUCUACCCCAACUACAUCCGAAUCGAGAAAGACUUCCCUCAGCAGUUCCAGGAAGGUCUGAGGGAGAGAGGACACGACGUUGUGGUGAGCUCCAGUUAUGCCGUCGUCCAAGGCAUCAUCAGGAGCGGUGGGUACAUCCAUGCGACCUCUGACCCAAGAAAAGGUGGAAAACCAGACGGUUUUUAGGAAGAGACAGUGCUAUUUUUGUUACAUACCAAAUCAACCAGGCACAUUUUUGAUGUCAAAGUUUUUCGAGUGGCAAUGAUCAAAUUAUAUAUAUGAACUUGCUGUUGCCAUUUUUAUCGCAUGAUAUUGAACACGAUGCGACUGGUCCCUGCAACAUGACUAUCCACAGAUGAAAAGAAAAUAUACAUAGCUAAUGAUGACAGAGAAAGAAAGUAAUCAAGACCACAUAGAGAGGGUCCAGAGAGCAAUGGCAAUAUUGACAACCAUCAAAACACUCCCCGUCACUAGAACCACUCCACAGAUCUGUCGACGUGUCUUCUCCUGCAAGUGGCUCUCGCAGCAGAGCUCCACCAGAGCUGUGAGCGUCCACUGCCCGUCGAGAUAGUAGGCCGGGACCAUGUUGAGGAGAGCCAGUGCACUCGAGAAUGACACGAGGUACAUGAGUAGAUUCUGAAGGAGCUCCGGAAGCCAGGAGGGGGAGAGGGAGGAGCUGGGGAUGUAGCUGGAAGUUGAGAGAGAGAAGGGGAGAGAUCGAGGGUCACCUAGGAAUAAGACAUCCGGCCCUUCGCUGUGGGAGAUGCGAACGAGACGAGAUUCCGGAGAGAUUGCUGGAAAAGCGCAGGCAAAGUCUAAAACUCCAGUGCAGUCUCUGGAGUGUUGGCAAGGCUCUCUAGCGCUCACUGUACGGGCCGUCAGACAGUGGAAAAUUGAGGGUCGCCCCUUUGUAGGGAAGACCUGGAAACAAAUGUCCGACUGGGUGUCCUUGUCGCAGCACUCCCUUCCCCCGUCUUCUAGCAGAGUGGUCUGGUUAAGAAAGAACCUCUCCUGUCGGUCGAGUAGCUCUGAAAACAGACAGUAUCCGGGCUGGUUCUUGUUCCCGAGUUCCUCGAUACACUGGAACCAGUCUGGAGUACUGUGUACAAGGCACCCGUUCAUCUUAGUGAUGAUCUCCCCCGCUUUCAGUUUGUCACUUAGAACUGAAUCUCCCUCCACGGAUGUCACAUAUGCACCCACACCGGUCGUAUACAGAGGCGCUAAUAGGAGGGGCAGAGCCCAUAAUAGGAGUAUGGAGAAGAGGACUAGAAUCACAUUGUGCCACACACCGGCACAGUAGAUCCUCAACUGUCUCUUUGGGGAUAUGACGGCGAGGUGAUCAGAGUGUAAGUCAACAAACGCACCCGGGUAGAGAAACAUGACAAAGAUACCGAACCCGUUGACCCUGACUUGCUCCAGCGAGGCGGCAAAAGCGUGGCCGGCCUCGUGAAACACUCCGCACACUACGAGAGUGACCACGUAGUAGGAGAGGUCUCUCCAGGGAAGGUUAACCCCUGGCAUUACUGGAGUGAGGACGGGUCGAGUGUCCUGGUAGAGGUUGAGGGAUUGGAAGAGGGUGAAGAUUAGGACGAUGAUUGAGGAAAACAUGAGGACGACGCCAGCUAGAGCACCGACCGUGAACCACAGUCUGCUCACGUGCUUGCUCCACGUCCCCGCCUUCUGGAAGAACCUGUUGAACUUGGUUGUGUAGCAGCGCACGUGAGCAAACGACAAGGACACGCCCCAUUCCUCCAGUCGAGGGCCGUAAACGGAGCUCAGCAGGCGGUACCGACGGAGCCCGCGGUCCACAAGAAGAGGAUGAACCAGAAGAGAAAUACCACUGCGAACGUCUGCAGCAUCGACGACAUUGCCCGGCAAUAGCCGGGCUCAUCCUUCGCUCGCUCGACGAACCUUUGAACUUUGUCUACUCAUGCGCAUGCGCACAUUUAGAGGGCGUACAGCCAGAAAAACUCUGGAAAUGGGUGGUAGAAAGCCGUGCAACUCGUUCAUAAAAAUCAAACACGGAGAUAAUGAGCUAGGUAUCUUCAACCCUGACUGCCCCAUGAAGCUGCUAGUGGACAGCAUCAGGAAGAGGUGCAACUGUCCAACUCGAGAGCUAGCAGUUGCAGGGGAGGGGUUAGACUGCCACGGGGAAGUGGCAGUAACUGACGUCACGGAGCUUCCAGAGAACAUGGACAACGGAAGACCUUACUUCACCGACAGAGGGUCCUACGUCUUGCUGACACUACAAAGAAAAGGAGACCAGUUGGAGUACGAGGCGAUGCUUGACGAAGAACACGUGUCUCCGGCACUGAAAGACAAAAUCCAUACACUGAACAACCCGAAAGCAGAGCCCAGGCGACCGGCUCGAGUCAGUAAAAGCAAGCCACAGUCCAGAAACACUAGCAGAAAGACUUCGACAGUAGCUAGAAAGAAGUGAAGUUCUUUUGACUCUCGUUAUAUAAAUGGGCGUGGCCACGUGCCACGUUCACGUGACAAAAUUAUUAACGCAAUACAGAUGGCGGUCGCCAAACGUAAACUCGAGAAGUUGAGUUGUGUUUAGGAAGACCCUGAACUGCGACAGUGAGUUUGUUGCCAGUCAGGAAGGCAGCCGAGGGUCUGCUUAUUGUGUCAGACGGUUGAUAAGUCUUCUGUGCGGAGAUCUCCGAGAGACCCGACCAGGAUUGUGAAACUACCGCUCGUGGAGGCGCCUUCCCCCCGUGGAAGACGUGGCGCCGUAGUAUGUGAGCUUGUGCGCCAGGCAAAGGUCGUGGACGAGUCAGAAAAGGCCACCAGUUGCAACUUGAACCCUUAGACGAACCUCUCUCUGCUAAGACUACCCGCCCCCACCUACCUCCCCUCCCCCCACGCUCCUCGACCGCCGCUUCGUUCGUAGUCCUGUCUCUUCUCCGCGGGAGAACUAGCGAGAGUUCAUAGCUAGCCAACCAUGCCGAUAGGAGGGAAGGGACCGAAGGUUAUCAUCGGUAAGAACUCUGAGCUGUCGCAGUACAUCCUUGACGAUGACCCGGAGGCCAUCUUCAUCGACCAGCGAGAGAUCGGCCACGGGAGCUUCGGCGCCGUGUACUACGCCAGAAACCGUGUCACGAGUGAGGUCGUUGCGGUGAAGAAGAUGAACUUCUCUGGGAAGCAGGCCCAAGAGCAAUGGUCGGACAUUGUGAGAGAGGUCAAGUUUCUCCACAGCUGUGACCACGAGAACUGUAUCCGAUACAAGGGAUGCUACCUCAAGGAUCAAACCUGCUGGCUUGUCAUGGACUACUGCCUUGGUUCUGCCUCCGACAUCAUUGAAGUCCACAAGGCCCCCCUCCAAGAGGUUGAGAUACAAGCCAUAUGCCACGGAGCUCUAACCGGGCUGGUCUACCGGUGCAACCGAACAACCGGAUUUUGUUCCACCGGGACAUCAAGCAGGCAUGUUUCGACUCACGGAGAGGCUGUGUCCAAACUAGCUGACUUUGCUCGGCUUCUCUGAGAUCACCUGCCAACUCCUUCGUGGGUACUCCUUUCUGGAUGGCUCCGGAGGUUAUCUUGGCUAUGGAUGAAGGCCAGUAUGAUGGAAAGGUCGAUAUCUGGUCACUGGGCAUCACCUGCAUCGAGAUGGCCGAGAGGAAGCCCCCACUGUUCCACAUGAACGCCAUGAGUGCCCUCUACCACAUAGCCCAGAUCGACCCUCCGAGACUCGCUCACCCCGAAGACUGGUCAAACGGGUUCCAGAAACUGGUCACGCGAUGUCUGCAGAAGGCUCCGGAGGAUAGACCAACAGCUGAGGAACUGAUGCAGGACGAGUUCCUAAGUUCGUGUGGGGACCAGUCGGGGGACGUGCUGUUCCAGCUGGUACAGAGGACCAAGGACGCCGUCCAGCUCCUGGACAACCAGAACUACAGGCGGCUCCAGAAGAUGUUGAUGAGCACCGAGGAAGAGGGAGAGGAGGCCAGCACAGAGAACGACGACAUCGAGUCCGAACCACCGAGUGACGCAGGGACGGAGGAGUGCAGCGGCCUGUCACCCGGUUUCUCCUCCCACUCUCCGUCCCCCUCUCAGACAGCCUCUCCUCGCAGAGCAGGGUGGAGGGCGGCGUACGUCGCGUCAGGAGCGAAGAGAACACUCAGAGAAUCAGCAACAGUAGCGCCAGUCUACAGGCUCUGACUUAUACACGCACACACGCAACACACGCACGAUACACCAGGCACACCAGCACAGCAGCCUCUGUUGCAGCGAGCGACGGCCCCGGAACUCUCCGUCCAGAACCACUCCUCCCCCUCCCCCUCCUCCUCUCUCUCCCGCCCUCCCCACCCUCAGGAGAGGGCGCACCGCGUCGUGGGACGCUCGCAGAGCGAGUCGGUCACCCACAGCGUCGCGAAGCCGGGCAGAGAGAUGAGACUCAAGUCAGAGGCCUCUCUGUUGAAGAGACCAGAGCCAAAGGGAGCUCGCAGCUCCGAGCAGCGGAGGUCUGACCACUCGACUGCGUCUGCUGAGGAGGUAGCCAGGAGAGUGACUGGGACGGCAGACGGGUUCUCGACGCUGCGUUCUCAUUUCAUGGUGAGUCGCCAGGCGGCAGAGUGGCAGCUGCAGUCGGAGCUCAAGGAACAGAUGCAGGGCUACAAGAGACUCAGACAGACCCACAAGGGACAGAUGCAAGUGCUGGAAUCGCGGCAUAAGAGCGAACUGUCGACUCACUACAAGUCCCAAGAGAGGGAGCUGGAGCAGCUGAAGACGAGCUACGAGAGGGACAUUGAGAGACUCAGAUCUCGACAGCGGGCAGAGAUGGACCAGCGGUACAAGUACGAGACAAACGAGGAGAGAAAGUUUGAGAAGUCGCUGCGAGACAAGAGAGACUCUGAGAUGAAGAGAUUUCUCGGGCCAGCAGAAAGCCGACUACAGAGCGACCAAGAAUCUCUUCAAGACUCGACUGGAGGAGGACCAGAGUCUGCAGGGUCCGCAGAGAAAGGCUCUGCUGGAGGACAGGAAGAAGGAGCUCCUGACGCAGCAGAAGGCCAGCGAGAACGAACACCUCCAAAUCCUCGACACCAUGGCCAAACAUGAGAGAGUCGAGUUCCAGCAGAUGCUGCUGCAGGACAGACAGGGCUUUGAGAAGGCCCUCCUACAAGAGGAACUAAACAUCAUGCAGGUCCACAAGGACCAGGUGCAGGAGAUGAGACGAAGACACCUGGCGGCCACCAUUGACCUCCAGUACCAGCAGCUGAAGUCGCUCCACGAGAUCAGAAUGGACCACCUCUCGAAGCAGCACGCCUCGAGUGGGACAACCAGCUGGCCUACAGCAAGAAGGCCGACAGAGAGAUGAGGAAGAAACACGUCCUGGAGCUCAAGGAGCAUCCCAAGAGCUUGAAAGUGAGUGAGUCACAGAUCAAGCGACAGUACCACAACACAGUUAGGGUCCAGCAGAAACAGUACAAGCUGCUCCAGAAGCAGAUGAUCGCCACGAUGCCCAAAGAGAGACAUCGCGAGGUCCUCCGACAGACCAAGGAGGAGCAGAUGAGGAAGAUCGCCAUGCUGGCUCUGCAGUAUGAGAGAACCAUUGCCGACAUGGCUCAGAAACAGACCGUGAAGAUCGACGAGACUCAGUUGAAGGAACAAGAGGCUCUGAGGAGACAGCUGCAGCAGGAGCAGGACAUGCUACAGGCGUUUCAGGAGGCGCAGGACGAGAAACUGAGAGUCCAACACGAGAGAGAGAGAACGGCUCUCCAGGAGAAGGUGGAACUCAGCAAGAGAGAACUGGACAAAGAGAUCUUUGAGGAGAGUUCAAAGCUGCAGAACAUUCGACUGGAGAGGCAGCAGGCGUUGCAGAAGAAACACCUCCGGGAGUUGAAGGAAUUCGCCGAGGCCUACAGCAACGACAAACUCCCAUCGUCAUCUUCAUCGUCGUCUCAGAGAGAGAGACAGAACUCUGAGCAUGGCUCGAUUAGUUCUGAACAGAGCCACUGUAGCAGUCAGACCUCCAUAGGGAAAGUCUCGUUAUGAUGUCGUCUAGUAUUGUAUCAACAGCAGCACACACACGCUCUCCCACUGUCUGUGUAUUAUCCUAAUGAUUAUUGUAUAUUAUAGUAGUGUCUGAAACUAUUACUGUUGAGUAUCAGUUUCACUGCACAGUAUUAUUAUUGUGCAAGUGAACCACGCUACCUACAAUGGAAUACAAGAAGGAUGCAGGGCUAGG